GUAGCUCGGGUGCGAGCAUCCGGACGAUGUCCAGUGAAAGGAUCAAGGAACAGAGGAGCAACCGGAGUGCCGGCGGCCCCCUGCAGGCGCUCGCCUUAUAGGAGAGGAGGACCCUCGAGGCCCGACGAGGCCCAAAGUGGCCGAAGACACCGGCCAGCGGCCGGCGAAGAGGUCCCCGAGGAAGGGAGUGCAGAGGAAGAGGAGGAAGAGGAGGAGGAAGAAGAGGAGGCGGCGGCCCGACCCGCCCGAGGGACUGACCGAGGAACGCGUAUCGCCUCGGCGAAGGACUGCUGGAGGAUAGUAAUAACAGGAUACCGUCGAAGAGAGGGAAGAGGGAAGAGAAAACCCAAGGACCUCGAGGAAAACAAGGACAACGUCGACCUCUGCGCGCCGAGCCUCGCGUAGCUACGCCGAGCGACUCGACCGUCAUCGCGUUACACGUCGCGGCCUUACAUUGUUCGAGGCUGAGGGGGAGGCCUUCGAGUGACCCUCGAACAACGAACCAAGGAUCUAGUGAACUUCGAGAUAACUUCCAAGUGUGUGAGAGUGUCUGUCGCGCAGUGCAACCGAGGGUGUGAAAUCCGUCGCCUCGAAACCCCCGACGCACGUCACGAGGCCUUCGGAUCACCCGAUCGAGAGGAUGCGGUCGCACGCAGCCUCCUGGAGCAUCGCGCUCCUCGCGGCAACCGUCACCCUCCUGCCCGCCACCUAUCGCCCACCCUUCGCCCACGCAGCGAGACACGAUGGUUCGCAGGGCGUCAGCGCGGUGAACAUCUCGAAGAUCCUUGACUCCUUCUCGGUCAAUUACGACAAAAGAGUAAGGCCGAACUACGGAGGUCCUCCCGUCGAAGUUGGCGUGACCAUGUACGUCUUGAGCAUCAGCUCGCUAUCCGAAGUGAAAAUGGACUUUACGUUGGAUUUUUACUUCCGGCAAUUCUGGAAAGAUCCACGACUAGCGUUCAGCAAAUGGGAGGAAGUCGAGACGCUGAGCGUCGGUUCGGAGUUCAUAAAAAACAUAUGGGUACCGGACACGUUUUUCGUAAACGAGAAACAGUCCUACUUCCACAUCGCAACAACCAGCAACGAGUUCAUUCGCAUCCAUUACUCGGGCAGCAUCACAAGAAGCAUACGUUUAACCAUCACCGCCUCGUGUCCAAUGAACCUGCAAUAUUUUCCGAUGGACCGACAGCUCUGCCAUAUCGAGAUUGAGAGCUUCGGUUACACGAUGCGGGACAUCAGGUACAAGUGGAACGAAGGUCCCAACAGCGUUGGCGUCAGCAACGAGGUCUCUCUGCCCCAGUUCAAGGUCCUCGGACACCGGCAACGAGCGAUGGAGAUUAGCUUGACUACUGGAAACUAUUCCCGGCUGGCAUGCGAGAUCCAGUUCGUACGAUCGAUGGGCUACUACCUGAUUCAAAUCUACAUACCCUCGGGACUGAUCGUGAUUAUCUCAUGGGUGAGCUUUUGGCUAAACCGAAAUGCGACCCCCGCUCGGGUCGCCCUCGGAGUAACCACUGUUCUGACCAUGACAACUCUCAUGUCCUCGACCAACGCCGCUCUGCCGAAGAUAUCCUACGUCAAGUCCAUCGACGUUUACCUGGGAACCUGCUUCGUCAUGGUCUUCGCGUCUCUGCUCGAGUACGCGACCGUUGGUUACAUGGCGAAACGGAUUCAGAUGCGGAAGAAUCGUUUCCAGAAGAUCGCCGAGAGCAUGAAAGCGGCGCGGGAAAACCCGGGUCCUCCAGGUGUACCGGGUGACCACGGUGACCACGCGCCCAAACAAACUUGGUCCCGUGUUGUCCAGGAGGUGCGGUUCAAAGUUCACGAUCCAAAGGCUCACAGCAAGGGUGGCACCCUCGAGAACACCAUAAACGGCAGGGCCGACGAGGAGGCGCCCCCCGCCCCCCAGCAUCUCAUUCAUCCGGGGAAAGAUAUCAGCAAAUUAUACGGAAUCACACCGUCGGACAUCGACAAAUAUUCCCGUAUCGUAUUUCCGGUUUGCUUCGUCUGCUUCAACCUGAUGUACUGGAUCAUCUAUUUGCACAUCAGUGACGUCGUCGCGGACGACCUGGUGCUCCUCGAAGAAGCGAAGUAAACAAGGAUAAAAUGUGUAUAUACAUAUACGUAUAUAUACAUACAUACAUACGCGUAAGUAGGUACAUACAUAUAGCGAUAGAGAUAUGGUGAAAGAGAGAAUAAAUUAUGUGAACUAAUUAUACACAUAUAACUAUGUAUGUACGUAUGUAUGUAUAAGUAUAUAUAUAAUUAACAUACGUGCUGUGAGAUAUUUGCGAGUUUUGCUGGGCACUGCACGGACUGCAGAACGGACUCUCGUCAUGAAUAAUAUAGGAGAGUAUGUAAUGCGAGCCAACGAACGAAGGGAAAUUCUACAUGCAAAGCAACGCAAUACGUGUGUAUUGGUUGCCGGAAGUAUGGAAGGAUACGUGGAACGAAUCUUUUAAAAGAGAGAUUAAAAUUUCGUGGAUAACGUAAAAGUCUAAUAUAUAUAAUAUAUUAAUUAAUUAAUACGGAACGAAGGAACGACGACGCAAUAUGAGUAGUACGUGGCUGCCGGUGCGGUGUCGGCAAAUCCUCGGGAAAUAAAUAACAACAACAACCAGAGAAUAUUAAGUAAAAGAUGAAAAUAAAAUAUAUUAAAAAAAAAAAACAAAAAAAAAAAAACACGAACAUAUACCUACCUUAAACAUUGCCAGUAUAUAUCUAGUCCUUAACCUCGGUAUAAACACGUCAAUUUAGCCACACUAAUAGUUUGAUAAGA